CUUCUCUGCCUUUACGUGCCCUCCGUUCUCUCGCGAGACCGAAGCAGCACAUAAAUCUCGCAGUGAUGGCUGCACCGCCCGAUGUGGAGAGUUUGGAAUCUCGUAUCAAAUGUCCCAACUUCCUGUUUCAUCCCUUUCAGAGCUCACCAAUGGUGGUGAAGGACACCAGAGACAGAGCCACCAACCCACUGAACAGAGACACAGACUGGAGCAGCAUCCACGCUUUCUGCGAGCAGCUCAACAAUGAUUUGGAGGGACCUCAGCUGGCCACCAGGCUCCUGGCCCACAAGAUCCAGUCCCCACAGGAGUGGGAGGCCAUGCAGGCUCUGCUGGUUUUGGAGGCGUGCAUGAAAAACUGUGGGAAAAGGUUUCACAGUGAAGUGGGCAAAUUCCGUUUUCUCAAUGAACUCAUCAAAGUAGUUUCUCCAAAGUACCUGGGCUCGCGGUCACCAGAACCAGUAAAAAAAAAGGUUUUGGAGUUGAUCUACAGCUGGACUUUGGGGCUUCCUGAUGAGACCAAGAUCUCUGACGCCUAUCAGAUGCUGAAGAAACAAGGUAUUAUUAAACAAGACCCAGAACUGCCUCCUGACAAACUACUGAAUCUCCCUCCACCCAGACCUAAGAAUGCCAUUUUUGAGGAUGAGGAGAAGUCAAAGUUGCUGUCUCGCCUGUUGAACAGCUCGCACCCUGACGACCUGAAAGCCGCCAACAAACUCAUCAAGGAAAUGGUCCAAGAGGAUCAGAGGCGAGCAGAGAAGGUGUCAAAGAGGGUGAACGCCAUUCAGGAGGUGAAGGAGAGUGUCACUUUGUUGACCCAGCUUCUGCAGGACUACGACAGCACCGCCGGCAGCCAGAGCAAUGCUGACCUCAUACAGGACCUGUACCAGCGCUGUGAGAAAAUGAGACCGACACUGUUCAGACUGGCCAGUGAUACCGAGGACAACGAUGAGGCUCUGGCGGAGAUCCUGCAGGCCAACGACAGCCUGACUCACGUCAUCAACCUGUACAAACAGCAGGUGAAGGGGGAGAUGGUAAAUGGCAACAACACAUUAAACCCACAGAAACAAACAGGACGGACAGCACUGCUGGAUCUGUCCGGACUGGACACUUCACCCCAGUCACCUCCUUCCUUCCCAGAGUUCCCCACUCCAACAGACAGCCUCAACGCCCCCUCACAGGAGAUGGGACUCAGUCUUCUUGAUGACGAGCUCAUGUCACUCGGUUUAAGUGAAGGAACACACACCUCCAACCCUCCCUCACAGCCCGAGGAUUCUACAGCCUGGGACUCCUUCCAGUCCUCUGACAGCAUAGAUGCAGACAUCGUAACAGGACCCAGUCUCCUCCUGAGUCCAGACCCUCCCUCGCACUCUCAGCCCAUUUCGUCUGGCUCCACCCCUGGGAACACAGCCCUGGACGAGCUGGACCUGCUGGGAAAGACACUGCUGCAGCAGUCCCUGCCUCCAGAGGGCCUGCAGGUCAAAUGGGACAAGCAGCAGUCCAAACCAACUCUGAGAGAUCUCCAGAGCAAGGCUGGGGCCAGCAUCACCCCUCACCCCCUCCUGGCCUUUGUCACUGAGCAUCCGGCACCUUCCGUCAACUCUCAGCCCAACCUUGGAGCUACAUUACUGCACGUGUCCCCGACUCACACAGAGAGUUUGCCAGCCGAAGUCACCCUGGCUGAUGUUUUUGUACCGCUAGAAUCCAUUAAGCCCAGUAGUCUGUUACCGGUGACUGUGUUUGAUGGACACAGUUUGCGGGUUCUCUUUCACUUUGCUCGUGAAUCGCCCCCAUCUCGUCCUGAUGUGCUGGUGGUGAUCAUCUCCAUGCUGUCCUCGGCCCCUGUCCCCGUCACCAACAUCAGCUUUCAGACUACUGCUCCACAGUCCAUGGCAGUGAAGCUGCAGCCUCCAUCAGGAACAGACCUCCCAGCUUUCAACCCCAUCCUUCCUCCUGCUGCUAUCACACAGAUCCUACUGCUGGCAAACCCAAACAAGGAGAAAGUGCAGCUGCAGUACACAUUAACCUUCACCAUGGGAGAGCAGGAGCACGGCGAGAGCGGUAGUCUAGAACAGUUUCCUCCUCCGGAGACGUGGGGGAAUCUAUAGCAUUUAAACACAGCCCCAACCUGACAGACUCUGCUUCCCUCCUGAACCAACUCAACACUUUGCAUAAGCCUGUUUUCCUUUCUAAUCACUCUGUACUUUUUUGAUUGAUAUCGUUUUCCUUGGAUUACACUCAUGCUCAGUGUAGUGUGUGUGUAUGCUUUGCUUUGAGUCGUGUGUCUACGUCUGCUCUAUGUGGCUGCUUUAAAACAAACCUGCAACUGCAUCCUUACAGUUAUCGCAGUCUUGUCAUCUUGCUUUUAACAGACAGUGCCAGGAUGGGAUAAAAAAAAAAAAACCAAAAUCAAAUGUUUGCAUAAUUGCUCGUGGUGUAUUUGAUUUUAUUUUUCUCCCCCCCUAGGGGGCAAAGAAUUGAAAUCCUUUUGAGUUGCAUUACUGUUCACCUUGGCAUGCUCUGAUUGCAAAGUCGAGCACACCAGGAGAGAAAGGACAUUACUA